UUGAAUUUAGGAUUCCAUGACGCAGAAUUAAAAUACUACACAUUUCACAUAACAACUGCAGUCAUUGCCAUGUGCAAUUUAUGAACAUGUCAUUUGCAUUGUCUUCUUUCAAAUAAUUAAUUUCUCUACAGAAUGUCAAGACUCAAUACACUUCAACUACUUCCUCAAUAUUUGUUUUGGGUUUCAAACAGCCCCUGGUCAUAAAACCACGAAUCGAAAAUGAAAGUAAAUGUUAUCGUGUCGCUCGGUACGAAAAUGCAAUAAUGUUUGUUAUCCGUUCUUACACGUCUUGCACAUUCAUGUUUCUUACUUUAAUAAAACCCGCUUAUACAGGUUCUCACUCGUUGUGGGUGUUGGCUACAUUCAUAGAAGGAAAAACACCGUUCCCAAAGUUUAGUGCUGUGUUGAUGGUGGAUGAUGUACAAGUGGAAUACUUUGACAGCAACGAGAGUAAAGUCAUCUCGCGGAGACACUGGAAAGUGAGGGACGUUGUUGAAGAGGCAGACUUGAAAAACACUGUUAUAUCUAUGAUUCGCGACCACCUAAAUGUGUAUUUUAAACAGCUACAGCCACGGUUCAACCACACUGGUGGGGUUCAUACAUAUCAGCGAAUAACUGGCUGUGAGAUGAACGAUGAAGCUGAAAGCCCACUGAUGUUGUGGGAUGCUUAUGAUGGCAUUCACACAAGGAGUUAUAACAAGGCCUCCUACACAAGCAAUGCUCUUUUCCCAGAGUUAAUGUGGAGCAAGUUCAAGGUUGAGGCCUCGAAACUUGUGAAUACCAACUUUUACCAGCCUCUGUGCAUCAAGAUACUGAAGAGCUACCUGAAGCAAGAGAAAAACACAGUCCAGAGAAUAGUGCGUCCCAGAGUGAGGGUGAUGCAGAUGACGCACUCAGAGUCCGGGGCGCUGCAGGUGAGCUGUUUGGCCACAGGCUUCUACCCCCGUCACAUCAACAUGACCCUGCGGAGAGAUGGCCAGACCAUUCCAGAGGAGAACCUACUCACUGGAGAGCUCCUCCCGAACGGAGACGGGACUUAUCAGCAGAGGAGGACCCUGGAUAUCAGUGCCAAGGAGAGGAUGGAGAGACACAAUUAUACCUGUACGGUCACACACACGAGCCUGAGCAACGCGCUGGACAUUACCUGGGAACCGGGACCUGAUGCAGACAUCACAUUCAUUGUUGCUGUUGUGUCCGUGGCUCUGUCCGUGAUUGUGCUUCUGCUCUUAGCCAUGGCGGCAUUCUUAAAAUGGAAGAGGAGAUCGGCAGGUCUAUAGGGAUGCCUUCAACCAGUCUAUAAUGCGUCUCUGGGCAAAGAACAAAAUGACAGCUUCAUGCUCUUCCACCUUCUAAGGGCCUCAUGUUGUGUACAUUAUUUCUGAGAGAUUUAUACGCUGUAAAUUCAUAACAUGAAUUUUAUUUAAAAACCUGUACAUUUCAGAUUAAAAGUUCCUGCAAACCUUGAA